UCCCAUUCACACACGUCUCACACCAGCAUACACAGAUGGAGGCUACUCGGUCUUGACAAAGCGUGGAGACCGUGGAAACUUUGCUGGACCCAAGGACCCGAAGAAAGAGAAGGAGAAAAAAGGAGAAAAGGAGAGGGGGAUAAUAAUGGAGUGUAAGGAGAAUGUGAUCCACUACCUCAGCUGGGGGUUCAUCAUCAGUGGGGUGGCGUAUCUCUUUCAGCAGACCAGGACCCAGACCCCGUACGGACGCUACGUGACCUCGGAUGGGACCCCAGGGAGGACCUGUCCUGCCAAGCUGGCCUGGUUCCUCCAGGAACUGCCUUCUUUCCUGGUGCCCAUGCUCCUUCUGCUAUCAACUGACACACAGCCCAGCCUGGGCAAAGACCUUCUUCUCUGGACCUUCUGUCUGCACUACUUCCAAAGAACAUUCAUCUACUCCUUGCGGACCAAAGGCCGCCCUUCCCCUCUCUACAUUGUCUUCUCUGCGGUAGUCUUCUGCUCUGUCAACGGUUUUCUCCAAGGCCACUACAUGCUCCACUGUGCCACGUACGACGAUGCGUGGCAGACCGACAUUCGUCUGUACACCGGUUUGCUGAUAUUUUUCCUGGGAAUGGCCAUCAACAUUCACAGUGACCACAUUCUUCUAAAUUUGAGAAAACCUGGAGAAGUUGUUUACAAGAUUCCCAAAGGGGGAAUGUUUGAGUAUGUCUCCGGAGCAAACUUCUUUGGAGAGAUUAUGGAGUGGUGCGGGUAUGCCCUAGCAACGUGGUCCCUGCCGACAUUCUCCUUUGCCCUUUUCACUAUGUGCUCGAUCGGACCGCGGGCCUACCACCACCACAGGUACUACCAAGAGAAGUUUGAAGACUACCCCCAGUCGAGGAAAGCUGUGAUACCUUUCAUAUUAUAAGAAGAACAGCAAAACAGAGAAGCCUUAAUAAAUGGACUGACCUAGCUAAAAUCAUUAGUCAUAGCCAUGAUAUUGGCAUUUACGGAACUCUGAAAUGAAAUGCUUUCAUUAACUAGACAUAUUCCUCUCAUCUCAAUUGUAUUCAGAGCUAGAUCAUAUUUCACACCUGCAGCAACAGAUCUGUAAUACCAUACUCCCAAAUGCUUGGAGGAAUGAAGUAUGUGGCAGCAUUCGGCAUGGUCAAAGCUCAAUGAAGGAUAAAGAAUUCAGGGUGAAGAGAAAGGGGGUGGUGGGUAGGUCUUGAAGGAAUAAAGGAAAAACCUUUUUUUUUUUCAUUCGAAAGGGACGACUGACUGCCUUUUCUUCAUUGUGCAAAAAGUGAUUUCUUAGAUGCACCACUUCACUUUUGGAAAGGCUCAUUAAACCUCCGCUUAUUUA